UUGGGGAACAGAUAUCAAUUUAGGGUUUUUCUUUACCGUAAACCUUUUGAGAUUGACGCAAUCUUCCGCGACUACCGGGAUAGAAAUAAGGGGUGGCAUAGAAACAGUAGAAAUGAAGGCAAACUGAAUGAGCACAAAAUGACUAGGUUGUCUUUCAGGCCACGGCCACUUGAUAUUCACAAGAAACUCCCCAUUGUCAAGUCCAUCAAGGACUUUGAAGAUGAUGAAACGCCUACUUCUACCCGUAAUUCCCAAUUGCUACGUAUUUUUCCUGAGGUUGAUAAUGAGGUACUUCCAGUUCCUAGCAAUCCCAAUAAGAAAGUGGCUUCUGAAAUACCUACACCUCAGUUUGUUGUUGUGGAUACAUACGAAAGGGAUUACUCUUGCACUUUCUCUCAACCAAAUUCUUACUUGCGGGCUAGAGGAGCUCGGGCUGAGAUUGGAGAGUUUGUGGAGUAUGACUUGGACGACGAAGAUGAAGAUUGGCUUUUAGAGUUUAACGAAGAAAGGAAGAUUCUGACACCUGAGAUGUUUGAGAGCCUUAUUUUCAAGUUGGAGGUGUUGGAUCAUAAAGCUCGUGAAAGAGCUGGAAUUAUAACGCCUACUCUUGGUUCACCAAUUCCUGUGCAGCUACGGCUUGACACUGCUAUUGAGGCCCUGCAAGCCCAGUCGUUCAAAUAUUCAAUUAUCCAGUCCGGGUAUGAUUACUGGAAAGAUAAGCGAGAACGGUGGCAAAAGCCAAUUUUGCGACAAUUGCAGCCACCUCCACCUGUCAACGAUACAAACCCAUAUAAUGUCUUUCGGCCAAGGGAAAAAGCUCACAGGCUUCACACAAGAAGGAUGCAAAGGCGAGAAAACAAUGUGCAGUCAUUUGAAAAGCUUCGUCAGGUCAGGCGCAACCUUGACCAAGCUAAGAGCUUGUUGCAGGCUUUAAUCAUGAGGGAGGAGAAAAAAAGAGAAGUAAUGGACAGUGAAGUUACACUACAGAGGAUGCAAAUGAAGUACAAGCAAGAAACUGAAUUUUUGGAAGACAGCUUAGCAUUCCCUGGAUUCACUCCCUUCUCUUCCAAAUUUGUUUCAAGUGAGGAGGAAUUUUUUGAUUCAGAAGAUAUCAUGACUAGCCGUCCUCAUACACGGUCUUCUGCAGUACAGAGUCUGCCUUCCUAUGACACCAACCUGCCCAUGGUUCCUACAGUUUUCACAAAGCAAGAGUUUAAGAGGCGAUAUGUCCCACAAGGGUGGCCUCAUAAACUGGAUCCUCUUGAGCCAGUUUUGUUGUUCACAAAACCGUUACUUCCAGAGAAGUUGGCCAUGGCAGGCAUUUUGCCACCAUCAGAUUCUUUUACUGAAAAUGGGGUGUCAACACAAUCAUAUAGAUUCAGUGGAAGAAUUGGCAGAGGGGGCCGUAUAAUAUUUGACAGAUGGAAUCCACUUUUGCAAACUCCAAUUGACUGUGGUAACUCUUAUUAUAUGCCACCAAAACCACGGCCUUCAUUCAACAUGUAAUUAAUCUCUUUGUCAAUUCUGCAGCUGAAGUUAGUACCCUUCUGGUUGAUAAUAAUUAUUAAUUAGGAGGGUACGGUGUGGCAGUGUAAUUGUAAGGGUAACACAAAUGAUUCUAGAUGAAUUUUACUGGGGCUGGAAGCCAUAUGCAAACAGAGCCAAACCUGAUUAAUAUGUGUUGAAUUCAUAGUCCUAUAGCGUGGA